CGGACGCUUAGCGCUGCCGGAGACAGAUCACGGUGCUUUCUUUCUUUCUUUCUUUCUUUCUUCUUCUGCUGCUGCUCCUCGUUGGGAAUCACACACACUUCUUCACCAGAAAAAGGACCGCAAAAGAAAUGAAAAGAAAAGCGAGAGGAUAAAAAUGCAGAUAACUGGAUAAAUAAAAGAGAGGAGGUGUGAGCUGAGUGGAGGCAGGACAAGGAUGUAAAAAAAAAAAAAAAAAAAGCAAAAAAAAACUGGAGAAUUUCCCUCAAGGAGAGGGAUUUCUAAAAAUACAAGCGAGCUGACUCCCUGCAUUCUGUUAUUGUCGCUCUCUCCCUUCUUUUCUGCUGCAUCCCCUCCUUCAUUCAGUACCUGUUUUGUGGGAUUAACAUGACUUAAAAUUCAAUCAGCCUACAGCCUGACGGAAGAGCGACAGUGGCGGCAGACAGAGCGCUGCAGCUGUCGAGACCGAGUGAGGCAACGACCAACGGGAAAGAGAGAGAGAGAGAGAGAGAGAGGGAGAGAUAGAGAGAGGGGGGUAAGAGAGGAAGAAAGAGAGAUGGGUGUUUUUCCACAGAGCUAAGAUAGAGAGAGAGAGCCGCGGAGACAGAGAGAUGUGACGGUUCCAGGAGUCGGCGUGGAAUGAUCCGGAAAACGAGGUUUCUAGCCGGCCUCCAUCUCUCCCGCGUACUCCCUUUUCUGCCUCCCACCCAAGGUCACCAAUGAACGACUUACUCAGCGUGGAAGAGCGCACGCUAAUGAGCACAUCUAGAGUGUAAGAGGCCCCCGCGACACACACUCUGGAAGCAACUUUGGGAAGUGAGGGAUGAGAGGAAACGGAGGAGGGUGGGUGAGGGGGGGGGGACUCGACGUGUGAAAGGAUGAAGCAAUAGCGUGAAGCAAACGUGCCGGCCCGAUGAAGAAUUAAAGUAAAAGACAGGGCUGUGUGAGCGAGGUGGGAGGGAGGGGGGGGAGGAACAGGAGAAGGGAGGAAGCGAGGAGGUGAGGAGGGGAGGCGAAGAUCUCAGCAGACCCCAGGAUUCUCCUUGUUUGAUUGAAGAUCGAAAAAAAAUCCAACCAUGAGGAGAUCACACCAAAAAGCCAUAAAUAGGAUUUCAAGUGAAGUGGAUUCUUGGAUUUUUCUGUUUUUGAUUUUUUUUUUUUUUUCCUUUAAAGUGAAGUCUCUAUUUUGGAAUACCGCACCAGGAUUGAGCGAGUAAUUCUGGAUUUUCCAGGUUUUCUUCAUCUAUAGAAGUCUAAGAGGAUAUUGUCGGAUUGGAAUUUCUGCAACUCUCUGGGUUUCUGACACUGACCUACAUCUGCAUCCUUUUGAUGUGUGUGGGGGCGCGUGUGUGUGAAAAGGAGUAGGACAGGUUUCGGUACAAAACACACACAACCCCCACCACCACCACCACCAUCACCACCAACCCCUUUAAUAACCCCCACCCAAACUCUGUUAAACCUUCAGUCCAAACCCCCUACCCCUGUUGCUGGCCUUACACAAGGAGAACCACCUGAGGCGAGAACGCUGCUAGACACAAACACACACACAAAUAAAAACACAACCCUGGAUAACAUGUGGAGCUGAUUUGGAUUAUAGAGCCGCACAGACGGAAAAGGUCUGUGGACAGCCAGGCGUUCUACCAUGCCUGUCCCCCCACCCCUCAAUCCCCGCAGACGAAAACACCUGCCCCAGACACACCUCCAUCCCGAUCAAAGGGCAGAACGUUCCACCUUCCCCUCCCUCUCCCCUCCAUCCGUCCUCUCUCUGUCUCUCCACCCUCCUCUCCUCAUCUCAUCUCUGACCUCUUCAUCUCAUCUCGUCCACUGCGCCUGUCCACGGGCCACCAGAAGAACGCUCCCCGACGCCAUCCCAUUCCCGGCGUUUCACUGGCUGACUCUGGUCACAUGCUGCUUGCUGCCGUCGCUGAUUGGCGCAGGGGAGACGUGGGGCGUGGUCUCGGCCUGUCCCUUCCACUGCGUGUGUCGAAACCUCUCGGAGUCGCUCAGCACGCUGUGCGCCGACAAGGGCCUCCUUUUCGUCCCCCCGCACGUUGACCGGCGCACUGUUGAGCUGCGACUGGCUGACAACUUCAUCACGGAAGUCGGAGGAAAUGAUUUUGUCAACAUGACUGGCUUGGUUGAUCUGACUCUGUCGAGGAACACCAUCCAUCUGAUUCGCCCCAUGGCCUUUGCUGACCUGGAGAGUUUACGCUCACUGCAUCUGGAUGGUAAUCGCUUGACAACACUUGGACCCAGGGACUUAGCAGGUUUGGUCAACCUGCAACACCUCAUUGUCAACAACAACCAGCUGGUCAAAGUCUCAGCCCAGGCCUUUGAUGACUUCCUAUUAACACUGGAGGACCUCGAUAUGUCUUACAACAAUCUCAAGAGGGUGCCAUGGGAGUCCAUUCAGAACAUGGCCAGUCUGCACACUCUGAACCUGGACCAUAACCUCAUCGACCACAUAGCAGAAGGAGUCUUUGGAGAGCUGUAUAAGCUUGCCAGGCUGGAUAUGACCUCCAACAGGCUCCGAACCCUGCCUCCUGAUCCCCUCUUUGCAAGGUCCCAGACAGGUGCAAUAAGCCCCACCCCCUACAACGCUGUCAUAAGCCUCAACUUUGGGGGGAACCCAUUACAUUGCAAUUGUGAACUGCUCUGGUUGCGGCGGCUUAUCCGUGGAGAUGACAUGGAAACAUGUGCCACACCUGCUCACUUGGCUGGAAGGUAUUUCUGGUCAAUUCCUGAGGAGGAGUUUACCUGUGAACCACCCCUCAUUACUCGCCACACACAUAAGCUGUGGGUCUUGGAAGGCCAGCGAGCCACACUGAAGUGCCGUGCCAUUGGCGACCCUGAGCCAGUAGUCCACUGGGUUUCACCGGAUGACCGCAUCAUUGCAAACUCAUCCCGGACCAGCUCGUUCAGCAACGGGACCUUGGAUAUCUUAGUAACAGUUGCUCGGGAUGAUGGAGCAUACACAUGUAUCGCAAUAAACGCAGCAGGCGAGGCGACUGCCACCGUUGACCUGAAAAUAAUCCCCCUGCCUCACAGGGGUGGAGCAGGUGGAAACACGGGAAAUAACAACGUGAACGCUAAAAACAACAGGAAUGUGACCAAUGGGAUUUUACGGACCGAUCCGGGCUCCUCGGAUAUCAGCACGGGGAAAAACGGAGGGAUUAACAAUGGGGGAGGGCGUGGAGGAGAGCUGGAGGAUGAGAGGAAAGUCGGAGCGGAGGAGGGGGACGGUGACGUCGGCAGGGGCUCUGAAGGGGAGAGGGCUGAUGGAGGAAGCAUGGAGGACGACGAGGGGGACGAGGAGGAAGGCCGAAUGGUGGGAGUUCAAGGGGUUACGUCGACCUCGGCUCAGGUCAGAUGGGAUUUCGGGCAUUCGUCUGGAGCGUACGUUGUCUGGAUGUACCAGAUACAGUAUAACUGCACCGCCGACGAGACCCUCAUCUACAGAAUACUACCAUCCACCAGUGACCGUUUCCUGCUAAAGAACUUGGUUUCUGGGGUGGAUUAUUACUUGUGUGUGCUCGCCAUUUUCGAUGACACGAUCACAUCAUUAGCAGCCACCAAGGUCCUCGGCUGCACCACGUUUUCCACAAAGGAUGUUUACCCAGCAUGCCGUUCUCUCCAAGCGCACUUCCUGGGCGGGACGCUCACUAUUUUAGUCGGUGGAGUCGUCGUGGUCACCCUACUGGUGUUCACCGUAGCGCUUAUGGUUCGCCACCGUGUGUGCAACCAUGGCGACCAUAUUAUAUGUCACAACAGCAACAGUGAGGCGGGAGGUGGUGCGUGCUGCCAGGGAGGAGGUAUGGGAGGUGGAGACAAAGGGGGGAACAGUAGUGGGUGCUACCAGUCAAAUGGCUCUGGGGACAUGAUGAUGGUGGUCCUGCCUAAUGGUCUGCCAUCAAAGAGAGGAGGGGACAAAGAUAAGGACAAGGAGAAGGAGAAGGAAGCAGCCGAUUCUGCUUCUCCUUUGCCUCCUAAGCUCCCUCCAAAGCCCAGGCCCAAACCUAGAGUCAACCUGGAGCAGUUCCUUUCAGCUGGUGGAGUAGUUUCCACGACAACAGGGGCAGGGGGGGAAAUGGCACUGGUGGUGAGGCAGAGGAAGCUGGAAAAGAUGCCUCCAUACACCUCUGAAAGUGACAGAACUCUCCUCUACUACUCCCCUUCACCUCCGUCCACCUUGCCCCGUCGGUCACGCUCUAGGGACCGUCCUAAACCCCGUCUGGAACGAGAACUGACCAAUCGUGCCAGCUUUUCCCUAGCUGCGCCCCUGAGAGACUCUGAGUUGUUGGACUGGAGAAUCAGUCCCAAAGGGAGGGACAAAUGGAACUCCUCUCAGGCUUAUCAAAGCCCCGUAUCCCCCCUAAGUUCUGCCUGUGGGACGGUUAGCAAACGGCGGCAUUCGCUGGAUAUGGGUUCAUCCGUCGCCUUAGCUACUGAUGCUGCGGCGACUGUUGCCAAGCGCUACGGUGCUGUCAGUUACGCCAAGCGACUGAGUGUGAUCUGGACGAGACGGAGCCAGUCGCUUCAUGGGAUGCUCGUGCAAUGCGCUUCAACGACAAGCACAACAUCUUCGACUACCAGCGACGAGGGCGAAAACGGCGGGGGUUUUGGCGCUCGCUGUCAGUUCCAGCGGGGAUAUAUUCAUGCUUAUAACACAACUAACUCCAACUCCAACACUGGGAUUACAAGUGGGAAUGUAAAAGAGAAAGGCCAUGAGAAAGGGAAGGAUGGAAAGAGUGCUGAAGAGCUGGAGGAGAGUGUUGUCUAGAGGGUAUAGAAAUAAAAGAAAAGUUAAGAGGUAUAAAAGGGUUUUGAAAGAGGAUAGCAUGAAUAGGAUCUUGAUUUGAGGAGGGCAAAGAGUUUGAGUCAGGGGAAAAAUUGAGGGAGGUGGAAAGGGAAGAUAAAGUGAUUGCAGAUGAGGGAAAGAAGGUUGUGAGUUCAGAGAGAGGGGGAAGAGUAAAAUUGACUGGAGCCUCAGUUGUAUAGCUCCUUGAUUUACCCUGGGAGAAGUCAAGAAAAAUGGAAGGGGAGAUGAAAAAGUGUAUCUGAAAGCGACCUGAAGCUUUUUAAGAGGCUCUUUUUUUUGCUAACUUGAAGAGUGAUGGGCAGAAAAAAUUAGUGUGAAGAGAGAGAGAGAGAGGAAUAUAUCAAGGGACAGUUUGGAGGUGGUCUUUAAAUUCUCAAAGCAUGAGCUUUAUGGACGGAAGAGAAAAGAGUCGCGAAAAACAAAACUCGAUCUAAUAGAUUUGGAGUGACAUGUGAGGACAGAUGAUAUGAGUGACAUACAAAGACAGGAAGGGACAAAAUCAAAGAGGGGAAAUAACAUCAACUGAGCAAGAGAACAGAGGUUAUAUAGCCGAGACGGAGAGUGUGGGAGCUCAGCGUGGAUCUCAGUAAAGCUCAUACACUAAUAGAACCAGACUUGGUAACACUCUCUAGAGGCCCAGCCCACACAGCACCACAAGGUUUUACACCGGAUCAAACGAACACCACCACAAACAAUAGUGGGGAGAAAGAAAAAAAAAAAAAAAUCUUUGCCGCAAAAUUCACAGCGGUAAAAAAAACAGAAGAUCUGGAUGGCACUGCUCUUCAUUGUUACCUUGUUAUUUUGACUUCAGCACUGAUGGCCAUUUUACAAACUCUUUUUUCAAAACAGUGAAUGUGACUUUUAUGUGUCCUCUGUGGUCGGACAAUGAUUUCGGCUCGCCAUGCCUGCGGAUUAUGGGGGCAUAAAUACAGAGUCGGGAGCGCUGGACAUGAUCAAUCGAUACGGGCUGGAAAGAGCAUGCGGGGCGCAGACGUUAUUAAAAAGAAAGACAUUGGGAUUACAAUAUAGAGUCGAUAUGGAUUACAAAACCAGGAGACGGCGGUGUACGAUGGAAUACAGGAGUUCAUUUCUCAAAAGACAAGAUCGUAAAAAGAACCAAACUAACAAAGAACGCUAAUGGAUGCAAAAGUGUGCAUGCACUGACGGAUUUUCCAGGACAGAAAGCGUGAUGUGCGUAUGUGUUUGUGCACACAUGUAUAUGAAUGUUUGUGAGAGGCGAUACCAGGUUCCAUUUGUGUCCAAAACGGUGUAUUGCUUUCUGGACAUGCUGCAAAAACAGAUAAUUGUAAUAAAAAUGACGAUAGGGUUUGUCUAAAAGGUCCACUAAAAGUACAGCAGGAGUCAAAAGCUUCAAAUAUUUUCACCAAUACCUUAAUUCAGUCAUUUCUCUGGUUGUGCAGCAUGCUUAGAAAGCAGCGGUCUUUGGGUAGGAAUCGGGAUUUCAGACUCAUUUAUUGUGACUUCAGACUCCUUUGUGCCACAUGGAUUCACUUUUAAUCAACACAGUGAAUGUUUAAAGAAAGGAAGCAGUUAAAAAAAAAACCAGAGCCACUAUGGAGGUCGAUGACUUUCGUGAACUGUGCAAUGGAAGACUUUGUCCGACUUAGAAUACGAUGAUUGAUCCACUGGCACAAACUGCAGACUCUUACUUCUUCUAUCCAAGAGAGAGAAAAAAAAAAAAAAAAACGAAAAAGAGAAAACUUGAAAGUACAUAUAUAUAGUAUAUAUAUAAAAUGAUGUUACUUGUCGCACCAUGUGUUUCUGUUUUUCAAAGUUUUCUGGGGAAUGAUGUUAGGAUCAAAUACAAAACAUGAAAUAUGUGAUUUUUUUUUUUGCUUUGGACAAAAAAAAAAUAUCUCAUUAGAACAGAAAAUGUUGAUUAUAUCGGAGCUGAAAAAUAAAGGUCAUAACAGAUACUGAAAAGCACACACUGCACAAAAGACACAAGCGCACACAAUACACACCGAAACGCAGACAGACACACAAACAAACAAACAGAUGCCUAUAAAACAGAGCCAAUUAGAUUGAUAAUAAUAAUGACUUUUAACUAUUACUGUUGUUGCUUUCUGUUUUCAUUUGGUUUUGCCAAAGUCAAUAUUGUUCUCUGGACUUGAUAUAAAUAAUAAAAAUUACAUGUAUGGAA